AUGAUCAAAGCUAUCUGCUGACGAAGACAAGCAAGUUGAUCUUCUAGAGCCGAGAUUUUUGCCAUCGCUUCAGGAUCUUGACUGAUAGUUGAUGGUGUUGGAGAUGAAGAUCGAAAGGCGCCUGCUGCAAUCAAAAACUCAGAAUGGAAGUUCUAUCGGUCGUAGAGCAUCUGAGAGACUUGGCAGCUAACCCUCAAAAUCGACACACUAUUGUCAAGGAUCAGAGCAGCCUUCAAAGUCUUGUGUUGUUUCUUGACAACGACGAUCCUCGAGUUGUGGUUAGAGCUCUGGAGGCAUUAAAUUAUCUUGCCAAGCAUUCGCCCAAUCAGCAUGCAAUGAAGAACGAGCUCGGAAUGAUUAUUAGCCUCCAGACAAUCAUGCAGAGUUCCCGUGGUGAUCCAAAGGCCGUCCAACUGGCAACAUCUGUUUACAAUAAACUGACAAAAUCUGAUGCUUCUCAUCGUGCAACGGGAUCAAACAGUCGAAAGGCUCGUGUUGUUGUUCUGCAAAUCAAAGGAUUAGCGGAUGAGAGCUGUCAACGUAUUUUGGAAGAGAUGUUUGUUGUGCUGCCAGGAGUUAUUAGUUUUACAUUCAAUAUGGCCAGGAGGAGAUGCACACUUCGUGUGAGGUAUGAUGUAAAAGUGGCUUCUCUGUGUGAUGCUGUUGCAAAAUCUAAAAUAAUGAGUGCAGAACAAGUCGUGAAGAAACAAACAGGAGAAGAAAUUACUUUGUCAUUUGGAGCACAACCACCUGUACACACUGAUGGGACAAAAGAUAAGCCUCCAGAUUAUUUGCCAGAGGAUGACGAAGUACCUGAAGAGACAUCAAAGAUGGCUGUCGCUCGUGGCGAUGAAGUUAGAGGCAAGAAGGGCAGCAGUUGGUUCACCAAUGUUGGUUCGUUUCUUGCAAAGUCAUUCUAUUGGUAACUGACAUGCUGUAUGUCCAUCUAUUGACUGACAUAUAAACAAUUGACACAAUUAAAGUAGUUGAUAUACACUGUUCUGUAGAAUAACUGUGAGUGUGUGUAGUCGGGUAGAGGUAUAACGAUAUAACAGAUACCGAUGAAGGGAAAUGGAAUAUUGUGAAUAACA